AUGGACCCUACUGCCAUUAAAGCCAAGCUAGAUAGCAGAUCUGGAAACAACAAUCCUGAGCUACCAGAAGCUCGUGUUAAUGCCAAAGUGAACCCAGAUGGGACAAAGGAGUUGAGCUCUAAUGGCCCACAUGGAAGCCAUUCAAGAGAUAAGGGAAAAACAGGGCAGGCACAGGUUCAAACAGCGGAGGUGGCGAUUGGUGAAACUCCUUCUGCCGACAAAUCGAAAUCCAGCGGUGAAACUUCAAAAAAGGCGGUAGAUGUUGAUGUGUUGCCAAAAGACAAGAAAUAUCCGACAAAGUCUCAACCUUACCUGCCGGAGGCUCAGCAAAAACAACUCGGACCAAGAGCAUCUUGGAACCAGAUCCUUAAAGAAGGACGAGCAGCUAACUACUCGGCCAAUCAGAGAGAAAGCCAAACCCAAGUAAUGAAACUCCAAUUUUUCGAGCCAACAAAUGAAAAAUAA